GUGCCCGGUGUUGACAACGUAAGUGCAUUCCUGGAUCAUUCGGCCCAUGCGGAUACUAACUGGUCGUGCAGUACUAUGACAAGCUAUAGAGAACAGGUAUCAAAAGUUUUAGAUUCCUUUUUCUCUCGAUCAUUGCCAAUCUGCAUACUUCGCGCGCUCAUCGGCGGUCGCUCGAUACCAGAAACAGGUCGUCCUUGCGUAUUCAGAGCGUGGACAUUAUGACCCGCCAGUUUUCAGGGUCGAACCUUUCAGGUCCAGCUCAAGAGACUGGCAAUGAUCCAUUGGCUUUUAGCUUGUUCUUGUGUGAUGUGGACAAAGGAAGAUUCAAUGUUAUGCCCGUCGUAUCAAACCUCGUAUUUCCACUUGUGAUGUUCCUUUGCUGGGUGUUGCUGCAUUCCCAGACACAGCACGGCGUGGCUGGAUUUGUUGCCAUUCUCCCCUUUCGGCCAGAGGGGUAUGCUUUGUGCGCCUCCCUCUCUGUCAAUC